AUGGACAAUCAACGGCGAUACAACGUUGAGCGGUCAUGCUUGCGCUGUCACGAGCGCAAAAUUCGCUGCGACAAGAAAUCGCCAUGUACCCGAUGUGCACGUCAGAAUGUGGCAUGUCAGUAUCCUGGCCCGAGUCGAGUGAAACGUCAACCCCCAAAGAAGAGUAUGACCGAUGUGGCAGCCCGACUAGAGCAACUCGAGCGAUCUAUCACAGCGCUGGUUCAUGAACGGCCGAGUCAAGUUCAUACCCCCCAAGCGGCCCUACCUCCCUACGAAAAUAGCAACAGUCCAUAUACAGGCGCACUAGCUACUCCAACUUCUGGGUCACCGGCCGCCCCCGUGGAAAAACCGGAGUUUCAAGGGUUUCCGGAUUUUUUGGGUAAAGAUGGCCGGUAUAUUAAUGAGCCUCUACUCUCACGAGUUCUUGAGAAAGAACAGGAGCUUCGGUCUGUUCUUGGCUCACCGAAUGAUACAAGCAGUCCUCGGCGGGUGCCGAUAGUUAAAGCCGAGGGGCUUCUAGCAAAUCCACUCUUGAUGCAGCUGGAUCCCAAAGAGCUUUAUCCCAGUCGGUGGCAGGCGACUGUGCUCUGGCAAACCUUUCUUAGUCGUGUCGAUCCUUUGGUUAAGGUGAUCCAUAUUCCUUCGGUUCAGUCGCAGAUCUUCGCCGCGAUCAAUCGACCCGAGAGCGUGCGUGCCGAUAUACGUGCUCUGUUAUUCGCUAUCUACUUUGCUGCUACUACGGCUUUAUUGUCUGAUGAUUUUCAAAACCAAAAUAUCAUUGCGGACUUGCGGAAGUUUAAGCAGGGCUUGGAAAUCUCGCUAUACCAUGCAGACUUUAUGGAUGCGCCGACCAUCACUUCUUUGCAGGCUAUGAUCAUAUACCAGACAUGCUAUCGAUAUAGUAAUAGUGGCCGGUCAGGCUGGACAAUGCACGGCCUGACCAUCCGGGCAGCGCAGUCGAUUGGACUUCAGCGAGAUGGGAAACACUUCAAGCUACCCGAAUUGGAAUGUGAGCUACGCCGACGCCUAUGGUGGCACAUACACGCAGCAGAUUCCAGAGUCACCGAGGACCACGGACUGAGUGUUCCCGAAAACAACAUCGGAGAUACCGAUCUCCCAUUGAACAUCGACGAUCAGAGUCUCUCGGAAUCCGCAACCACUCACAUAUCACAAUCUCGGUGGACAGAGAUGACCUUCUCGCUCAUCAUCAUGGAAACAAACGCAAGGCGACAAGAGAUCAUGUCGAAUCUCAACAAAUUUUCGAAUGCAGACCAAAUACUCGCUGAGUUCAGAGAAUCGAUAGAGGAAAAGUACCUGCGACACAGUGAUCCAGACAUCCCAAUUCAACGCUUUGGUUUCCUCCUCGGUCAACUCCUCCUUUUCAAGACCGAGAUCUGCGCACGCCAGAAGCUCAUCCACCUUCGAGGUCAACAGGCAUCGUCUAUCGAUUACGAGAUUUCACAAAAGACACUCCUAAUCGCAUGCACGGCCCUCGAAACGGGGCUGGAAAUGCAUUCGGAUGAAAUCCUCCGUGGUUUCCGCUGGUUGACAACUACCUACACACAAUAUCACCUCCUCACGUACAUUUUGUGGCAUAUGUGUGUAUAUCCAGGUGGACUACUUGACGAGAGGGCGUGGCGUGGCAUCAAUAUCCAAUUCGCCAUGAUGGAGGAUCCGUCAUGGCCGGAUCCUGGGCCGAAGUGGUCUAUCAUUGUGCAGUUGAGGGAUAAGGCACUACGGGCCCGAGAGGCGCGUGAUUCUGCACAGAGCCAGAAGAUCGUUCGUGAAACUGCUAUUGAGCCCACCCCAACUUACACUUUUGAUAUUGAUGGAUGGGAUCCGGAUUGUGUCGAUAUUUCGGACUGGAACAGUUUAGCUCAGAGUCUCUCGUUGCUGCAAUAA